AUGGGUGCAGAGAAGGGCUCGGAGGACAGUUGGGGUGGCGGCCCAGCUCCAGCCACUUCAGUGGACGUUGGCCGGCUCCAGCCCAGCCCCAGACCCAGGGCCAGAGUGAGCCCUGGACUGCUGGACAGUGGAGACGGGGACACACAGGCUCUGCAGGACGAGGGUCCUGCACCUGCUGCAGAUGCUGCCGGCGGAGCCCUCCGCCAGGCCGGGGACGCCUUCCUGCCUGGGCACGGCAGUCUUAGUUCCAUUCAGCCCUUCACCUGCCUGGGUGAGGCCCACCCACUUCGGAGGCAGGGCGUGAUGGGGGCGGGGGAAGAGGCUCUGCUUCAUGAAAAUCCAAAUUAA